CAGCAGGGGCGCUAGUUGUCACUUUGCCUUUGUGUCCGGCUGGUAAAUAAAGCACAGAAGGUAGAACCACGUGUCGCUCGCGCAUGCGUACUGCUUAUUUGUCAUUGUCGGCUUCUGUCUGUCACUUCGGGGAGAUUUUGAGGAAACACCAGGAAGUGAUUUAUUAUAACGCUAUAAAGGCAAACAUGCAAGUGAAUUUUAGUGCUUGUACAGUUUAAAACAAUAGAGAGACUUUUGGUUGCAUGGGAGUCACUGAGCAGGAUAAUCAGUGCCAUUUGCAACAAUAAUAAGGCUAGUGGUAAUUAUCUUUAUAGUGAAACUAUUUGUCCAGGUACUGAAUUGUUUUGAAGCAUCUGAGUGGGUGAAGCUCUCAGAUGGAGGCAGUGUGUGAGCAGGGCCAUGGAGGUGAUGAUGAUGAGGAGGAGCAGGCAGGAGCUGAAGAAGCCAUGCUGUGGUCCAUCCAGGAGGCUCUGGAGAGGCAGACCCUGCAGAUAGGAGCAUCGGCCUGCGGGGCCACGGCUGUGGUGGAUGUGCUGAAGGCCCUGGGCGUGGAUGUGGCCCCUGAGGAGGCAGACCGCUGCGUCCAAACGCGCCUGAGGAGGAACGAGUCACCGCUGCCCGACUACCUGCUGUCCCGGAGUGAAGCCGGUGCGACUCACGCUCAGCUCAUCCAAGGAGCAGAGGAGGCCAGUAAGGGGGAGGUAAUGGGUCGCUUCUUCCACCUUCACCCUCGGCGGCUGGUCAGACUCGUCCCCUGGCUCGCACACUGGAUCCGAAGCGGUGCUGUUCCCGUGGCGACCAUGAACAUGCAGCUGGCUGUGCCCGAGGGAGAGGAGGUGCCUGACGCCUGGCACCAUCAACUUAUAUUUGGCGUUGCACCAAAUGCUGUUUUCAUGACCAAUCCUUUAGAUGUAGUAAGUGAGGGAGAGGUGCACCAGAGACUCUGCAGUGAAUCUGUGUUGCUGAUUCGUCGAGCAGACGUCCUGCAGCGACUGACGCCUGAUUGCUGUCUGUCCAGCUUAUCUGACCCGCGGUGGAAAGCCCUGGAUAUCGAGGGUCAAGUGAGGCAGAUGCGCCUAGAAGAGGAGCAGGAACAAGAUGGAGUCAAGUUAACACACAUCACGAUCCCCGCAGCGUACAGUUCAGGCAUCACACUCUUCGCCCUACGACAGUCACAGUUAGGACAAGAACUCCUCAAUGCUCCUGAACUCCCUUUGUUGUGACCGGACUGUCACGCAUGGACUCAUUUAUUGCGAUAUGAAAAAUAAAACAUAUAGAGAUAAUGUAACACUUUAUUGAUCACAUUGUUCAGGAUCAGCAGAUGUCCACCCUGCUGAAGUGAAAUGGUGGCUGAGACUGACCUCUGAAGUCCUGGAAGAGAGAGUGAGCAACAAAAUAUCACAUGAUGUUUUACUGUACUAAUGACGCUGUUGUUGCAAAUGGCAGGUUGAAGCCACAUACACAUUUACACAGUAAGAGAAUACAUUACAGAUUUGCGCAAGUGACAUAAAGAGGAUACAAAAUCAAAAAGAAACAAAACCACAGAAAUCAAUUGUUGAUACUCAUUAUUAAUACAACAUCUGUUCUCUAGUUGCAGAAGCACCCUCUUGCACCUUUUGCAGCAAGUGCCCACAUGUGAGGCUUCAUUUGCCAGCUGCUUUCUGCCAUCAAACAGCUGCAAAACGUGUACAUACAUUUCUAUCACUGAUGCCUGUUGUUUUUUUCCCAUGCAUUAUUUCUUGUCAAUUGCUGCAUCCAGACUCUUAACUAGAGCUUAAAAAAGCAGAUCGCAUCAGUCCCUAUUUGGCCACUUUACACCGUCUUCCAGUUAACUUUAGGAUUGACUUUCAGAAUGUAUUGAUUUCUUUCAAAGCAAUAAAUGGCAGAGCUCCAGCUUAUAUUUCAGAGCUGUUAUGUCCUGAUGGUCAAAAUCUUAUAUCAGCAGACUGAACUCCUCUGAUUGCUCCAAAGGCCACAUUAAGCACUAAAGGUGGUGGAGUCAUUUUAGCCAGGGUGCUUAGAUGUUGGCACAAUUAAAGAAAAAUAUCCAUCUGUUUUUCCCCAAGAGGCAGCUCACUUUUCCACACUUUGAGUCAGUUCUAUGUUUUAUGUUAUGCCGAGCUUUCUGUUUGUCUGAUGUACUGUAGGAUACAUUUGUGGUCUUUUAGACUAGUUGUGAAUCAGCCUGCAUAAAAUAAAUUUUGUCUGCAUAAAUGA